AAUUUUUACCAUUUUAGUUAGACCGAUACGUAGUGUAAUUUAAUUACUCUGUACAACUUUUAUACCGAAAUACUAAAUACUCAAGUCGAAAUUAAAAAAAAAUUAUCAUUACAAGAUGAAUAAAUUAGCUCACAUAAAAAUCUCACAUGAAAAAAUCUCACCUCCCCAAUUUGUAUUGAAUUGAACCCUAUAAAAGUCUCUCCCUUUCCACCUUCUCACAAUUUUCUCUCUCUUACACAACUCAUCAUCUCAUCCUUCUUACUUAACUUUCUCUCUCUUUCAUUACAUGGGCUAUGGGCUUCUCUAAUGCCACCUUAGACACCAACAAUCACAACAACAACAACAACAACCACAACAACCGUUACAAUUUGGGAACCGGGUCGGGUAUUCCCAAAUUCAAGUCGUCACCACCUCCUUCGAUUCGUAUCUCACCUCCUCCCAUUUCACCUUCUUCUUACUUUGCUAUUCCUCCUGGUUUGAGUCCUACUGAUCUCCUAGACUCCCCUGUUCUUCUCUCUUCUUCUAAUGUGUUACCAUCUCCAACAACUGGCGCUUUUGCUGCCAACUGGAAAUCUUAUUGCAGCAACGUUAACAACAACACCAACAACAACAAACAGGAAGAUGUCUAAUUUUAAGAUUAAAUAUGAAAUAGAUGAUUAAUUAUUGUUUGGGCUUAUACUACCUAUUACUAGCUAUAUAUUCUCAACGUGUAGUUGUAGAAGAUGAAUGACACGCUUGUAAAUUUGGUGUGUAUUUUGCUAUAUGCUUAAAGUGUCGGAAAACGGGUGGUUGUUGCCGGUUGGUAAUGUGUGAACAAUUUUGACAACAUUGUGGCUAAUUGUUUAGGACUUUCCAUGAAUGAAGUUAACUACUCCGAUCUUAUUAUCAAAUUUGUUUGUACCAAACCUUACUUUACAAUAAGAUAAAAUAUUCUAUUUAGUAUACCUUAGUAAAAUUGGAGUUUGACAGUGAUUUUUUUUUUUUUUUUUUUUAAAGGAUAAUAAGAAUACGUAUAAAAAACGCUAGUUGAAGGAAAAAGGCAGAUUCUAUUUUCCACAAUUCAACCUGGGCGAUGAUGAUGAUAUGAGCAAAAAAAAAAAAAAUGUCAAACCUUUGGAUUUUAAUUUUUUGAUUAAAAUUAAAAAUCUGUAGGAUGACUAAUUCGAGUUUGAGUUCAGAGGAGAGAGAAAAUGAAGAGACAGUAGUCGAAGUUCAUCAAGGAAUUCCACAAAUACCCAUAGAUCUAUUCGUCAAGAAAAAUCGAAAAGGCGUACGAUUUUUCGACGCUUUUGGUAAUCUACGCUACAAAGUUGCCGACGCUUCUCCACUUUCACCGAGGCAAAACCAUGGUUUACGUGGGCGUGUCUUAUUGGAUUCUUCCGGCAAUCCUCUCGUCUCUAUUUUCCGCUUUCAUGAUGGGUCAUGGAAAGGCUUCAAGGGCAAUAGUUGUGAGGAAUUGAUUUUCAAGGCGGAACAGACACUCAAUACAUUCAAUAAAGUAGAAUUCAGUGUAAAUGUUGCUGGAGAUGAUGGCACAAACUUAACUUUCGCGAUCAGAGGUUGCGUUUUCUGGAGAACUUGCACCAUUUAUCAGGACAAAUUCAUAGUAGCUCAGACAAAUCUCAUGUACAAGCUUGGUUUUAGGAAGCAUUUCGUGGGGAGGAGUAAAUUCAGAGUAACUAUUAUUCCUGGAUAUAGCGAUUAUAACUUCAUUGCUUCAUUGAUUUUAGUAUUUUUGGAUGGACGAAAACAAUGAUUUUCAUUUUUUUGGCAAGUUGAUGAAGAAAUUUGUAAAUUGUGAUUACAUUAGUUUGUACCUUGGUAGAAACCCUUCGCAAAUAUUGUUGCUACUCAUUGUGGCAUGCAAAGCAUCCCAUUCAAUUGAAACAAUUUAAAAUCUUUUUCUCCAUCUCAGUGCUACCCGGCUAUUGUUUUCAGACUGAUGUAUAUUAUGUAUCUGUGCAACUGAUACGAAGUAA